AUGGGGGGCCGGCGUGAGAAGCAUGUGCAGGAGUGUGUUCUCCGUCCUGAUGCUUGUAUGGCGCACGAGGAAGGAGCUACCCCUGAGUUGCUAGAUGCUCUUGUCGACAAGCGCCACCGGUCGUACAUGUCUGCGGUCCGUGGCAUCAGCUUAGGGACGUUUCGGGCUCGUGUGCCCAUGUCGACGAUGCCGAUACACCGUCGCUGGGUUCCUAGGUUACGCGCUUCAGGUCUUCUCCCGAUUGCACGACUUGUGGAGGGAGAUAUGGCCGACCCUGCACGUCAACCUAGGGACAGGGCUCCACGGUUCCAGUUCGACAUGUCCCUCCUCGCGGCACUUCUCGACCGUUGGCGUCCGGAGACGCACACGUUUCACCUACCGGUUGGUGAGAUGACCCCUACUCUUCAGGACGUGGCGAUGCUUCUAGGCUUGCCGUGUGCUGGACGAGCUGUGGGUGCAGAGGACGUGGGACUCUCGUGGCGCGACGACCUUUUGGCUCGGUUCGCCGGGAUGCCACAGUUCAGCUGGGGUUCUGCUGUUUUGGCUGCGAGUUACAGGGGUCUUUGCACGGGCGUGACGAAGGUCUCAGCAGAGGAGCCCAUUUUUGUUGGGUGUCCUCUACUGUUACAGCUCUGGUCUUACGAGCGCUUUCCCGUCGGUAGGCCAGAGAUGAACUUCGAGUCGUACGUCCAGCUGUCCGCAGACCACGACGACGUCGACAGACCUACGAUGGGUUCGUUGUGGUGCCUCAGGAGGCCUUCUUGGGUCGGCGUGCAGACGAGGAAGUCGUACCACGACUUCGUUGGUCAGUUUGACGCUCUUGUGGACACGGACGUGAGGUGGACUCCGUACACUGCAGCCGACAUUUACGCCCGGGCACCGAGCGGUCUUUCGUCCUUAUGCCUGCGAGAUCACGAGUACUGGAUGACGAGGAAGCCGAUCCUUUACGACAUCCACGUCGAGGAGUACCACGUUGACCGGGUUAUGAGGCAGUUCGGUCUCUACCAGCAGACCCCGGUCCCGAUUGUGCACUCAGUGGAGGCCCACGUCCACAGGUGGACACGGCAGGGUCAGCCACCAGGCUCGCGGUGGGCCGACAAGGUCCGUCCUUACGUCGACUCUUGGGCCGCGGCCCUCGACGACGUCGUUUUCGAGGAUCGGCCGCACAGCGACGAGGCGUUCGCGGACUACCUACGGUGGUACCUGCCGAGGACGCGCACACGUGUCGUGCACGUUCCACCAGAGGCUCCGAUCGAGGCCGCAAGGGUGUCGGAGACGUACCCCGUAGUUCGAGAUCAGAACUUCGCCAUAGCGUACGAUGUCAUACGAGCGAUUGAGUCCGAGGCUUCGUCGAGUAUGGGCCAGUACCAUGACAUGACGCCCGCCCAGCACCAGAGCACACUGCAGAAGAUCGUCGAUAUGUGCAAGCGAUUCCGACGAGCCGUGACCUGUCGUGACGACGACACCUUCCUCCCACCUCGCAGUUCGGGGCCGGUUCCUGUGACCGAUCCAUCGUCACGACGGUCUGCACCCGCGGCACAGUCAGGUCCACCGCCACCGCCACCGCCACCGCCACCUCAAACGAUGACGACACCUUCGGGUUCUGCAGUUCGGCCCACGUACGUGCCGCGACCGGCACUUUUGUACUCGGCAGCGCCCGGCUCGUCGCUGGAUCCCUACGGCGCUGGAUCUUCGUCUCUUCGUCGUCCAAUACACGAUUUAGAGUACCGGCAGGUGGGAGGGACAGACGACGAUGACGAGAUUCAGGAGGUAGACGACCUCUCGCAGAUGGAGUGGGUGAACACGUUCUUCUCUUCUGCACCGACGCAGGAGGUCGUCGGCACUUCACAGCUGGGGGGUGCCCCACUUGCGACGCAGGACUACAGUCAGGUAGAACCAGAGGAAGACAUGGUGGCCGUGCGUGGAUGGCUAAAGACUCAGUAUGAGAUGGCUACUGACUUCAUAUGA